AUGAUCAGUGUUCUCCUAUGCUUUCUCUAUUUAUGUAUAAGAACGCAGGCUAUUCUUAAUGGUUUGAAUGGCACGUCGUCCGGUUGGCAAAUUUAUCCUGGUGGUGCUUAUCAUUAUGGUCCAUCGAUACUAAUCGACGAAAAUAAAGACAAUCUCAUUCAUAUGUGGACAUGUUCACAAGGCACAGGUUCGACGCAAUGGGAUGUUAUUCGGUAUCAUAAUUCCAGUGAUUCGGGUAAAACGUGGUCACUGGACGAAAUAGCAUUGGAACCAACAUCUGGCUCUCAGGACACAUAUUCAGCUUGCGAUCCGGGCGUUAUCAAGAUUAAGAGUUACUAUUACAUUGGAUAUACGUCAACAACAAAUCCAAAUGCGACACAAAAUCAGCUGUUUUUAGCACGAUCAUUGACACCAAAUGGAAACUAUGAAAAAUGGAACGGUACCGGUUGGAAUUCAAGUAAUCCUCAACCGAUCGUUGCAUAUCAUGGACCAUCGAGCAAAUAUGGUAUUGGCGAACCAUCUCUGGUUCUCGUUGACAAUCUUAUCUAUGUUUAUUAUACUAAUGCGGAUGAUACAGGUUCAUACACAGAUUUAGCUAUAGUACAACUCAAUGCAACGAACGAAGAUACUUGGCCGUUGUAUUUACAAUAUAAAGGACACGUUAUUAAUCGACGUGUGAAUCUUGGCGAAGAUUCAACUGAUAUAAAAUGGUGUCCGCAAUUACAGCGGUUUAUUGGUGUAACAACCGUUAAUCGAUUUUCUUCUCAAGCAACAGUGGGAGUUUACCAAUCGACAGAUCGAUAUGGUUUACAGUUCCAAUCAACACCUUAUAUUGGUCAUCGUGUUCAAGAAGGUGCACAUAAUAUUGGUAUCAGCGGCUCAACAACAGGUUGGAUUCAACUCGAAAAUCAGUAUCAUUUUGUCUCAUAUGCUUAUCAACCACAAGGUUCAGGUUGGGGCAACUGGCCAACAUAUUUGACACCUAUUCAAAUUGUUCAGUUACCAUUAGGCACUGUUAUUGAUGUUGCAGUGUCGUCAAACGUGAACUGGUCUAUGUCAGGCCCUUUCGUAUGGGAUCAUAAUUUUACCACUUAUUGGUCAUCACAGUCAGCUAAUAAUGAGUUUCUAACCAUCAAUUUGGGUACAGUUUUCUCCGUCAAAACCCUGUCACUCGUUUCACGAAACUUGGGCUAUGGUUUUCCUGUUGAUUUUGCUGUUCGAGCAAGCAACGAUAGUCAAAGCUUCGUUCAUAUUAUAGAUCAACAUUAUACAAAUACCACUACAGUAGUAAAUUGUUCAUUUACCACUCCUAUUCAAGCACGAUAUCUACAAGUUCUACCAAUCACAUAUGGCACAGAUGAACACGGUAUAAAACUAUUUCAAUUAGCUGAAAUUUAUGUUCAAACUAAUUAA